GGUACCAGUAAUCAUGCACUACUACUGUACCUUAUACAGUUUGGCAAGUCAAAGUGGCUACGAACAAUUGCAUUACACAGAAUUUUAUUUAUAGUUUGUGAAUGAAUAGGGACCCUAAUAAACAACAAGCAUUUUGCAUGUUCUUAUGGGUGCUCUGCUCCAACUGCCAGGCACAAGCUAAUCAUUGAUGACCUGCUUAUGCCUAAUAUUUAUGGGUAGCCAAUUGAUAGCAUAGUUUGACAACACACUGCUUACUCUUGUUUUCAAGUUUUAUAGAAUAUGUGAUGAGAAAAUAGGCCUUAAUCUGACGAAUGCUGCUCAGACAAGUUGAAUUUGACGAUCGUCCUCUCGGUCUUGGUUGGACUUACCUACUCAAUUUCCCUUAUAUAAUCAUACUCGUCAACAACUUCGAGUCUUAGUUCUUCAUAGUCUUGCUAAGAACUACCUGUAUAGAUGUGACAUUGAUGUUAUACAUGAUAUUUAUCUUCAUUCUUAGUUAGAGUUAUAUAUCUUUGCCAUUGAUGUUGAUACCCUUUCUUUCCGUGUCUUCCAAUGCAUUAGUGAAGAGUUUCGGGUAAAAAAUGUCACCCUGUUUUAAACUUCUCUGCAGCUGGAUAGAUUUUGUACUCUAGUUUUAUACAUGGAUAGCUAUCGUAGCCUUAGUGUACAAAAACUUCAGCACAUUAAUGUACUGACAGUUAAACUGGCUUUGCUAAAGAGACUGUAGCACUAUCCAAAUUUCAACAGAAUCAAAGGCUUUCACAUACUACAUUGCACAGGCACAUGAACAUAUUUACAUUUUUUUUUAAUUUUGUUAAAAUUUUUUGUGUUGUUUAUAGCAUAUAAAUACGUAACCAACAAAAUAUAUUUUUUUAACUUUCUUUUGUAUAAUUGUUCUAGGAACAACACUGGCACAAAGUGGUGGUGACUACCACUACAUUAAUGAGGCUUAUGGACCACUUCCUGCAUUUCUUUAUUUGUGGGACGCUAAUCUUAUUUUUGUUCCAAGCACAAACGCUAUAAUGGCAUUAACAUUUGCAAAUAAUUUGUUGGAACCAAUCUUCCCGAACUGUCCGAUAGACAUGUUAAGUAAAAAACUUAUAGCUGCCAUUACCAUUUGUAAGUAUAUAAAAUUAACAUUAUUAAAUAUUAUUUUAAACUAAUAUCUAUAUUUCCUACUUUCUUCCUUUUCCAUUCCUUCAUUAAUAAGGACUUUAUUUUUUUUUUGUAACUAAAAGCUUAGCAGUUUUGUUUAUUCUGUCGUUUUCAGUGUAAGCCGAAAUAUUUCUAACUUUAUUUAAAUGAAAAGAUAUUAAUACAAAAUAUUGUUACAGGUCUUCUAACAUUUAUAAAUGCCUAUGAUGUGAAAUUCACAACCCGAGUGCAGAAUGUUUUCAUGUUCACUAAAAUUUCUGCUCUUGUUAUUAUUAUAAUAGGUGGCAUUGUUUGGAUGGCUCAAGGUAUUGCAAUGUUAUUAUUAUAUUUGAUUUAGUGUUAAUAUUCAAAAGGUAUUUAUUAGCAAUGAUAUGUAAUAAUAAUAAAAUAAUAUUCAUUUCCAAUCACUAUCUAAAAGACCUAAAAACAUUUCGCACUGUAGUCAUCUUAUGAGGUAUCUAAUAGGUUAUCUCGUGAGUUUUACGAGUAUAAGAAACAUUAGUAGAUUGCUCUGUGAUGAUCUUUCUUAUAUUUAAGAUGUAGUCUUGUUAUUGGAAACAAAAAGCCGCAUCAAAAGUUUAAGACGAUUGGAUGUUUGAUCGCAAAUAGCCUGCCGACUGUGGCAACUAAGCAUGUUCAUUCUUAUUAAGGGGUAAAGGUAGAUAGAGAGUUUGCACUAAAUUAAUAUACUCUUGACAUGUAUUGUUUUUUUUUGAUCUAGACACGAAUAUGAUAUAUAAUUUUUAAUAAAUUCAAAUUGUUUACAGAGUUAAAGUUCCAGUUACAAAACUUUCAUUUAAAUUUGUAGGUCGAUUAGACAACUUUGAGGAUGGCUGGGCAGGCACCAAGUCCUCAGUCGGUGAUUGGUCUGUGGCCUUUUAUUCUGGAAUAUUUUCGUACUCAGGAUGGUAAGAUUUUAGUGUUCAUUUGGUGAUUGCUGUGAUUAUUAAUGGCUUACACAAAGAUCAGAGUCUCAUGUUAUUCUAUACAGGAACUACCUAAAUUUUAUGACGGAGGAACUGCGAAAUCCAUAUGUAAAUCUACCGCGCGCCAUCUAUAUAUCGCUACCGCUUGUCACUGGUAUCUAUCUGCUGGCCAAUCUGUCGUACCUGGCAGUGCUGGGGCCUAUCGGUGUCAGAGCUACUGAAGCUAUAGCAGUUGUAAGUAUGAUUGAUUUAUUAUUGAGUGAUUGCAGAAGAUAUUGUAGUACUUCAUUACUACUCGCAUGCAGACGCACAGCACUCACUCGUUCUAAACUACCCGUGCCGUUGAUUAGAAGGUACAGUGAUUAGGAUUCAGAUUACAACAUAUCCAUCCAGAUCCAAACAGCAAAAUUUGUGAUUUCGUAUAAAUAUUAUUUUACCUGUAAUCAGGGACUGUAAUACCGAUAUUUUGCAAGUAUCGAUAUCGGGAUAUCGAUAUUCGUACUGCUAUUUAGGUAUAGAUUUAUCGAUACUGGUCUCGAUAUUUGAUAUCAGUACAAUAAUAUUGAUACUUGGAAAUUUGAAUAUCGGUAUUGAUACUGAUACCAAUAUAUCGAUACAAUAAAAAUAAAUUCCUUGUUCUCGCGUCUUAUUUACUCUCUCUAAUAUCAACGGUCAUAGGUAAGGCACGCGGUCAUACGUAAUGAAAUAUGGCGCCUAUACAAAGCAAGCGUAUAUUUAUUUUUAGUCAGGUCAUAAAUUCUGUCACAUGUUUAAUAUAAAAUAAUUGAAACAAGUUUAUUCAUUAUGUAACCAUUUAUGUACCAAAAUAAACUUAACAAAACGUAGAUUCUUAUGACACUAAAGUUUAUUCAAAAUGACCUCCGUGAUUUUGAAUACAGGCCUUCAAUCUGCGCGGCCAGUCGUCUAUCGCAGCACGAACGAGGUCCAUGUCAAUAUCGGCGGCUACCUUAAUCAAGGAUGUCUUGAGUGACUCCAAAUUGGGAUGAGGUUUUGAGCACGCCUUUUCCUCCAAGUGUUGCCAUAUCUUGUAAUCAACGGAUUCAAAUCUGGACUGGAGGAGGGCCAGUCUUCGUGCCGGAUGAAGUCGAUUUUACGCGCCGCCAGCCAGUCUUGUGUGCUCUUAGCUCUAUGAGCUGGCGCCGAAUCUUGUUGGAAUACCCAGUGCCUGUUAUUGAACAUGGUAUGAGAAACAGGUUCCACAAGGUUCGUUAGGACUGUAUUUUGAUACACAACUGCAUUCGUUUUUACACCUUUCUCACAAAAAUGUACCUCUGUUAAGCCCCAAUAAGAAACUCUCAACCAUACCAUGAGCGAGGAUGGAAAAUGACCUCGUUGGACACGCGGAAUACGGUUGCUCGCUUCUUCACUACUGUGUGCGUACACCUUAUCAUUUUGUUUGUUGUAGCUCUCUUCUACGGUAAAAUUUUUUUCAUUCGAAAAAAGAAUUUCCCGAUAUUUUUUCCCGCGUACCGCUUCAACAAAGCGCGGCAUCUCUUCAGUCUCAGGUCCAUUAGACGAGCAUUCAAACGAUGUCCUGUUUUUCUUCGAUAUGCCCGAAGCCUAAGUCUUCAUUUAACACCCUUUUCACUGUGGUUCUGCUUAACCCCAUCUGAAGGGCCAACAGUUUCUGCUUACGUUUGGGAUUUCUUUGAAUUCGCGCCUUCACAGUUUUUAUCACUGCUGGAGUCCUAAGAGACCGAGGGCGACCACUGCUUGACCUGUCAUCUACACUAGAGUCUUCAUUGUAUCGUUUGAUGGUACGAUAAACGAAUCUUUUGGUUAUAUUCAAAUUUUUCAGUAUGUCAAAAAUUUGAAUUGGCGCGUAACCGCGACUAUGCAACGCAAUAACUGCAACACGGUCUUCUUUAAGCGUCGUCUCCAUAUUUAAAAAUGAGUAAAAUUCUAAAAAGUAUACAGUUUUAUUUUCAUGAACAAUUCGAAAUUCGAAUUCAAUAAACUUUUUUGUGGCCAGCAUUCUAAAAGAAAAGUUUUUACUGUGUGACAAUACUUAUGACCUGACUAGUAUGUAUGUAUAUAUAUUAUGUAAGAGAUACACACAUAAUUAAAAUUAGAAAUGUUGUCCACCCAAGUUCAAAAAUAUUGGUCAUAUGGGACCACAUGAGAAGUACCAGCUUUC